AUGGCUUCACGCGCACUCUCGCUGCCGGCCCGCCGCCUGGCCGCCGCUCUCUCCACUCCCGCCAUGACCCGUCGCAGCUUCCAGAGCUCAGCACGCUUGCUCGAAGUCCCGGUUGGAGCCAUGCCUGUCCGCAAGCCCGUUGGCGCCUUCCGUGGAGGUGUCCUCGGUUUCCUCUCUGGAGCUACCAUCAGCGGCGGAGCUCUGUACUACUAUGUCAUUGACGAAUACCGCGUUUCCAACGAACUCUUGACCGAAGACAUCUACGCCCUUCAAUCCGCCGUUUCACGCAUAGAAGGCUAUGUCAAGUCUCUGGAGGAAAAGGUCCGCAAGUGA